UUUCUUGCAUUCGAUUUUACUCAGCAAAAACGAACGUGUUGGAGCAGUGCGGCGUCGUUGGAAAGAACUGUUAGUUAAAUUUUAUUUAAUUUAUGCAACUACAAAUUAUUAAUAACAAAUUAAGAUCGUCUAUAAAUACAUAUUCCUACGUACAUAUAUAUGUUUAGAUAAAAUAAACUUUACAGAAUUAUAGCGCCUAACAGUAAAAUUAAAACAAGUGUUCCGAAAAUUUCUCGUCAUAUUUCUUUGAUUUGGACGCGUGUGCUUUUUGGAGCUAUUUUGUGCUAAACAUUUUUUUUUGCUUGCUAAAAUCAAAUCGUUUCUUUCCAAACGAGUUCAUAGACGCGCACUUACUCGUACAACAACACAUACCCGCUAAAGGCUUUAACAAAAUUGCAAAAAAGUCUUAUAUUAAAUAAAAAUAAACAAGAUAAACAAAACAAACAAGUAUAUACUAAACAAAAAAAAAGAUAAUAGUCUUUGGAAUUUAAAAUUAAAUGGACGAAGUUAUUGUGGUCAGUGAUAGCGAGCAGGAGCUUACCUCAGAAAUGGACGUCGAUAUUAACUCUUUGGACGAUGUGGAAAUUGUGCCAAAAGAUAACUUGACCAUCGCAGAAGAAAAGAAAAAACUCGGUAACGAUCACUACAAAGCUCAACAUUAUCAGUCUGCAUUAAAAUUAUAUAAUGAUGCGAUCUCACUGUGUCCGGAUAUGGCCGCCUUCUACGGCAACCGUUCCGCAUGUUACAUGAUGCUGUCAAAUUACAACAAUGCUUUGCAGGAUGCCAGAACAGCUAUACGGCUUGAUCCAAAGUUCGAGAAGGCUUAUGUACGUGUGGUUAAGUGUUGCAUCGCUAUGGGCGAUAUUACCGGCGCAGAGCAAGCUGUUAAGAGUGUGAUGGAAUUCGAUCCAACAUGUGCAUCAAUUAAGGUCGAGGUAGAACAAUUACAACAAUUGCGAAAACUAGAAACUACCAUCAAAAGUAACUAUGAAGCAAAUUCGUAUCGUAACGUAGUUUAUUAUUUAGACAAUGCACUAAAGUUUUCUCCUGGUUGCAGCAAAUACCGUUUAUUAAAGGCUGAGUGUUUAGCAUUUUUAGGACGUUGUGAGGAGGCUGUUGAUAUAGCCGUCACUAUGAUGAAAAUUGACAGUAGCUCUGCGGAUGCCAUUUAUGUGCGUGGCUUAUGUCUUUAUUACACAGAUGCGCUGGAAAAGGGUAUAUUGCACUUUGAGCGUGCUUUGCAAUUAGAUCCUGAUCACGCUAAAGCUAAAGAAAUGCGUUCGAAAUGCAAAACAUUAAAGGAUAUGAAAGAAAAUGGCAAUGUACUCUUCAAGUCCGGUCGUUUUCGUGAGGCACAGGCUGUGUAUACAGAAGCGCUCAAAAUUGAUGAACUUAACAAGGAAAUCAACUCAAAAUUAUAUUAUAAUCGUGCGUUAGUAAAUUCUAAAAUUGGCAGCUUACGUGAUGCUAUUGCUGAUUGUACUCGUGUUCUGGAGAUUAAUGGUCACUAUUUGAAGGCGUUACUGUUACGUGCACGUUGCUAUAACGAUUUAGAAAAAUACGAGGAAUGUGUGGCUGAUUAUGAGUCAGCUUUGAAUAUGCAAAAGACUAGUGAAAUUAAAAAGUUACUGCGUGACGCAAAGACUGCAUUGAAACGUUCAAAAAGGAAGGACUAUUAUAAAAUCUUGGGUAUUACUAGAUCUUCAACAGAUGAUGAAAUUAAGAAGGCGUACAGAAAGAAAGCUAUGGUACAUCAUCCGGAUAGGCAUGCCAAUAGCAGUCCUGAAGAACGUAAGGCAGAGGAAAUUAAAUUUAAGGAGGUCGGUGAAGCUUAUGCAAUAUUGUCAGAUCAAUACAAGAAAUCGCGCUAUGACAACGGACAAGACGUUGAUGAAUAUGAAUCAGAAGUCGAUCCAAAUCAAAUGUUCAAGACUUUCUUCCAGUUCACUAAUGGCGGUAGCAAUGGUCGAACUGGCACAUUUAACUUUGAAUUUUAGACUAAAUAAUAUAUAUACACCCAACGUUGUCAAAAUAAAAAAAAUGUUAAAAAAUUAAAAAAAAUAAAAAAGCAGAAAAGAAAACAUGGUAUAUUAGCAGAAAGACUUCAAGACCUCAACUAGAGCAACAAGAACGACUAGAGCCACCACAGUCGAAGCGUGACGCGUUACAACACCAAAAACAAUAAAACAAUAAAAAAAUGAGAAACAAUAAAUGAAUUCAUUAAUAAUUGAAGAAAUAUAAUAUGUAGCCUUAAAACAAACACAUUCUAAAAUAGCAGUAAAUAGUAUAAACAUAGACCUAUGCCAAGAAACCUCUUUUCGGCUUAGUAUAAAUGACGUCAUUUAAAAGCCUUUAAAGCCGACAUUUUGUAAUUUAAUUCAUAUAAGCUAUGCACACUAGAAGGGAGAUAAAUAAUUAUCUUUCUGUUAAAAAAAAAUUCCUUAAGAGCAAACAAAUUUGAAUAAACUAAAU